UUCAGUAUCUUUCAAUUACAUUCAUUUAUUGUAUAUCGUCAAAUUUAUUUUAAGUAAGUACUGUUUAUAUUUAAUUUUAAAUAAAAAAAUUUAGAAAGAUCCCGCGGCGAGGGUCCUCUCUCGAUAAUCACAACCUUCCAUGGCGUGUCGCCGAUUAUUCGUUUCUGAAAUUCGAGCGUCUUGGCCGGCACAGAUUCUCAGAAACCCCAACAACCUCUGCAUCCGCCAGACCUCCUAGAUUUUCUGCCUCCUUCUCCUCUGGUCUCCCAAUAGUCUUCCACUCUUCCCACUCCCCUACCACCCAUGGCGGCGAACCCAGAAAAUGACGAAAGGACCCUCCACGACGAACUCUCCCUCCCGGUCCUCCUCGCCGAUCGCGUCAUCAAAUCGGCCCAGGAAGCCGAGUCCUCCAAACUCGACUGCGCCGACCUUGCCAAGCAAGUCGACCGCCUCUCUCAAAUGCUCCGAUCCGCCGUCCGAAUCGCCGCCGCCACUCAGUCUCUCUACGAUCGCCCCGUCCGCCGAAUCGUCGCCGACGUGGCAAAGAACCUUGACCGGGCGCUGACCCUCGUACGGAAAUGCAAGCACAGUGGGGUCCUCCGGCAAGUCUUCUCCAUCACCACCACUGCUGAUUUCAGAAAAGUGUCCAACCUUCUGGAGUCUUCGAUUGGAGACAUGAAGUGGCUUCUCUCGGUGUUUGAGUCUGACGGCGCCAACCUCUCCCUGCCGCCGAUCGCCAGCAACGACCCGAUACUCAGCUGGGUCUGGUCAUACAUCGCGACCAUUCAAAUGGGUCAACUCAGGGACCGAGUCGACGCGGCUAACUCGCUUGUUUCACUCGCUCGAGACAACGACCGGAACAAGAAGAUAAUCGUCGACGAAGGCGGCGUGACGCCGCUGCUAAAGCUUCUGAAAGAAGGGUCUUCUCCGGACGCCCAAAUCGCCGCCGCCAGUGCUCUGUUUCACAUCGCCACUGAUCAAGAAAGGGUCCGAAUUAUAAUUGAUUUGUUGGGAAUUAACGUUGUUGUCUCGGUUUUGGGCGAUUCCCCGAUGAGGGUUCAGGUGUGCGUGGUGAGAUUGGUGUCGGAAAUGGCGGAGCUUGACCCGGUGGCGCAGGAGGAGUUAGGCAGAGAAAAUGUGAUUAGGCCUUUGGUGUCUCUGCUGGCAAUGGACACGGUUCUGGAUGAUCCGAAGGUGCAAUCGGGUAAGCCUAGCAUUCAUAAUCUUGUUCAGAUUAAUAAGCAGUUAGCUGUAAAUGGUUUGAAUCCAAAUAGUCGUUUGUCUUCCUUUUCGAAUCAUUAUCAUUCGGAUGGUAGUAGUAGAGGUGGCGGGCAUCAUCGAAAAGAGAGGGAGAGAGAGGCGGAGUCCAAUCCUGAGGUGAAGCUUGAGCUGAAAGCCGGUUGUGCCAAGGCAUUGUGGAAAUUGUGUAAAGGGUGUUUGUCGAAUAGUCGAAAAGUUACAGAGCCGAAAGGGUUGAUUUGUUUGGCAAAGAUUAUUGAGAAGGAAGCAGGGGAGUUGCAGCUGAAUUGCUUGAUGACUGUGAUGGAAAUAGCCGUGGUGGCGGAGUUCAAUCCCGACCUUAGAAGAGCGGCUUUUAAGCUUAAUUCUCCAGCUGCAAAUGCAAUUUUGGAUCAGCUUUUGAGAGUGAUUCAGGAAGAGGCUAAUCAGGAAUUGCAAAUUCCUGCCAUUAAAGCAAUUGGGUCAUUGGCAAGAACUUUCCCUGCUAGGGAGACCCGGAUAGUUGGUCCUCUGGUUGUCCGGCUUGGCAGUGCGGAUGUCGAUGUGGCAAUUGAGGCUGCCAUUGCAUUAGGGAAGUUUGUGUGUACGGAGAAUUUCAAUUGCGUGGAGCAUUCCAAGACGAUUAUUGAGUUUGAUGGGGUUCCUUCUCUGAUGAGAUUGUUAAGGACAACUGAUCGAACUAGUGAACGGGGUCAUGUCAAUUGUUUAGUACUACUAUGCUAUCUAGCAUCGCAUGUUGGCAAUAGCAAGGCUCUUGAACAAGCACGGGCAUUGAAUACUCUUGAGGGGGGAGCUCGAUAUCUUGUAGCUCAAUAUCCCGAUUUGAGGGAUUUGUUAGCCAAAGCCAUACACAAUCUCACACUUUAUCAGGCUGGAGCUCAUCCCCACAGGCAAACCUUCAUACCGUAAGCACUUGCAGUUUCAGUCAUGUGAGUUUAUCCUGUUUUUGUAAUAUAGAGAGGCAAAUUGAUUUAUCGCCAUCAUAACAAAUCCAAAAUUGAAUGGUGCACGAAAUAUUUCUUUGUAAUUUUGUAUCACAUAUGUAUGAUCACCCUACUGUGUCAGCUGUUGUUUUUUACAAGAUGAGUGGAUGUUUAGGCAUGUAUCAGCAAUCUGUUGCACAUAAUUUGAAGGUAUCUUAUUGUUUCGAUGAA